AUGAGGACCCAGAUUUUUUUGCUUUCAUUUUUAAUCGGCUCUGUUUUUGGAUGGUUUAGAGAUGAAUACGUGAGGGAAAAGGUAUUUCCAUUGGCUGCAGCUGCAUAUAGCGAUGACCCGGAGGCUUGUGUUGAAAAAAUAUUCAAAAAUGCAACGGUAAGCGCUGCUUUGGUUUCAUUUUUGGAAAAUUUAACUUUUUUUGAUGUUCUUGAAUUUAUAAUUAAGCGUAAAACACAUUGAAGUGACCAUUAAGAGCUAUUUUUGUCAUUUUCUUACUCUUUGCGUUCAUUUGAGACCAUGAAACAGAAUGCCAAUCUUGGCGGCAAAAUUUGAAUUUGAAUUUUGAAUUAGAUUUUGGGCAUUUUAGGUAAGAACAAAAGUAACGAGGUUAUGUGGGAAUGGCUAUGUUGAGCCGGAGGAUUGUUUUGCCUACACUGGAGUCGCCCACGAUGAGAAAGUCAUCUUCAUUUCCUUCAGGUAAGUUGAUGUAAAAAGUAGCGGAAGUGCUUUCCGAUUUUUAUGAAAUUUUGUACGAGCAAUCUAAAUAUGACAGAAAUUUUGCAGAGGCACGAACGGGAUCAUCCAACUCAUCUACGAAGCCCGUCGCACCGUUUUCCGCAACAAAAUCCCCACCCAAGCCGGAGGCAAUGUCAGCGAAUACUUUUACAGUGUCUACAGGUCCAUUCUGGACACGGGACUGGCCCGAGAAGUCCUCCAGUUGAGACACGAUCAUCCCGAUUAUGAUAUUAUUGUAACAGGCCACUCGUUGGGAGGAGCGAUGGCUUCAAUUGCGGCUUUUGAUUUAGUGACCUUUGCCAAAGUUGAUGCGGAAAAAGUGAAGCUGGUGACUUUUGGGCAGCCGAGGACCGGCGACAGAGAAUUUGCGGAGGUUCAUGACGAAUUGGUGGGUUGCUGUAAUUUACAACCUAUUUUUUGCAUAAUAGAAAAGCGGCUUACAGUAAGAAAACUUGGAAAAUUUCUUUCAGAUUCCGCACGCCUACCGCAUCACUCACGCCCGCGACGUUGUCCCUCACGUUCCUCCCCUCAACUUCCAAGGCUACUAUCAUCACGCCACUGAGGUGUGGUAUAACAACAAGAUGUUGCCGGGCGAUGGAUACAUCAUCUGUGAGGAACUGGAGUCUAAUAAUUGCAGCAACCGGAACUAUGUGAACCACUCAGUCCUCGCCCAUCUCUAUUACUACAACAUCCUUGUCUCCGAUUUUGGAAUUGCUGGAUGCCCUGCGGAUUUAAAGAAUGUCAGACGUUUAGGAUGA